UAGACAGCUACAGUACUGACUGUAGUACUAAGGCACAAUUGAAUGUACUUUAGUCAGUGAUCUAAGCUUACAGUUAUGAAUGACACAAAUAACAUGGACGAGGAUCUCCCAAAAACAUUCACCAAUCUGGAUACGUUUAGUGAAGAGCUCGAAAAACAAACUAAAGAGACCCAGCGGCUACAAGUAGAGGUGGAAAACGCAACAAAACGAACUAUGGAGAGGAUAGGAUACAUGUUUACUACCCACAGCACCAACAACACAGCCUCUCAACUCAGUUACACACCCAUGUUAGUUAUGGAUGGGUCAUCGGAAGACAGUUCUGAUGUUCCAUCAUCCUGCCGUCAGUCUGUGAUCCAGGCUCCACCCUAUGGCCUGGAUGUGGCCCCUCACAAUGUCCCCUUCCCUGGGAAGGAUGUGUUGGAGAAUGCAAUAGCUGACUAUUCUCAGCAGGUUUCUGAUCUCCAGAAGCAACUUAGUGAGACACACGAACAACAUGAACGGCAGAACUUCUCUUUCCGACAAGCCAUCAUCAAACUGCAGACUAAGCUGCUGGAGGUCCAGAUGGAGAAAGAUGCCAUGGCUGAUCUACGGACGAAAGAGUCUCGGAAACACACAAGCCAGAUGGGGAGCUUGCAGGCGACAAUCGUAGAGCUACAAGCCACCAAUCCAUGUGGAGAUCAGAGGCUUUUAGAGGCUGAGGAGGAGGCCAAGGACUUAAGCAUGAAAGCCAAGUCUAUGGAUCAAGCCGUUGACAAGGUGUACUGUACACUGUCGGUUUAUGAGAAACGGCUCGGCAACACCUCUGGCAUCGGCAAGGAUGUGGCCGGCAGGGGUCAAGACUCGCUGGCGGCGGCGGUGGAGCGAGUGCUGCAGAACUUCGAACAGGAGAACAACAAACUGCGAGAAAGACUACUGCAGGCAGAGGAGCGGCUUGGAUCUCAGCAAGAGCAAUGCCAGGGGACAGAAGAGGUGAAUGUCAUGGAGCAACAAGAGAGAAUGGAGCAGCUCAUUACCAGUCAUGACCAGAAGGUGGCGAUACUGACUGAGAAAUUGAGCAGCUCUAUAAGCAGUGCCUCCAAUUUACGUGUCCAGUUGAAUCUGUUACAAAAGCAGGCAGAAAGCCAGGCCCUGAUCCACAAGAAUCAGGUCAGUGACCUGGAGUACGCUCUUACCAUCCUUCACUCAGACCAGCAAGAUGCCCAGAGGGUUCAUGCAGAGAAGGUGGGGUGUUUGGAGAAGCUGCUGGCCCAGAGCCAGUCUCAGGCGGAGGAAGCCCAGAGAGCGAGAGACCUUUCCUUUCUACAGGAUCAGGAGGUGCAGCUCCACCCCACAUAUCUCCUGGUCCAGUCGGCGCUGGAACGGGCCCGCGGGGAGCUGUCUCAGGAGAAGGAGCGCAGCGGUCGGCUGUCGGAGCAGGACAGGGCCCACAGGGAGACCAUCGACCGGCUCCAGAGGGAGCUGGGGCAGAGGAGCCUGGGGGCGCUGGAGCUGCAUGGCCUGGUGGGCGCCCUCCAACAGGACUGCCUGGUUCAGAAGGAAGCUCAGCUGUGUGGGGACAAGCAGCAGCAGCGGCUCCAGCAGGAGCUGGGCGCCGUGCGGGCGGAGCUGGAGAGGGCCCGGCGGCAGCUGCUGUGCGGGCAGGCCGAAGCGCUGAGCCUGCAGGGCCUGGUGGGGGCGCGGGAGGCCGAGGGCCAGCGGCGGCAGGCCCUGCUGGAGGAGGAGCUGCAGCGGAGGCAGCAGGAGGCCCGGCGGGCCGGGGCCAGGCUGGAGGAGGCCCGGGGACGCUGCGAGGAGCUGGGGGCCGAGACGGAGGCGCUCAGGCGGGAGCUGGAGGAGAGGGGCCGACUCGGCCAGCAGCUCAGCGAGCGCAAGCUGGAGAUCAAGCAGCUUAAGACGGAGUUGGAUCAGCGCGAUGCGAGGCUGUCCGGGCUGGAGCAGAAGUGCCGUAAGCAGCAGAAAGGCCUGUCGCAGCAGAGCCGCUGGGUCGCGGAGCUGACGCAGGCCAAACAGCAGCUGACCGCUACACUGGAGGCGCAGUCCACUCAACUGCUCAGCCUCACAGAGGAGCAGGAGGAGUUGAAGCGGCUUCUCAGCAGUACUGUCGAGGAGCACGAGGGCGUGGCGGUGAAGCUGAGCUCCCAGCUGCAGAGCGCCAGAGCGGAGCUGGACCGGGCCAGGGGCUCCCUGAGGGCUCUGGAGGGAGCGGACGGCCACGGAAUGAGGGUUGCCAUGGGAAUGCAGGAGCAGGUGACUGCCAAUCGGGAGCAGGUGGACUCUCUCCACGGGAGGAUCCAGCUACUGGAGGAGACGUUGGAGAGACUGAGUCAUGAGAAGCGCCACCAGAGCCUGGAGAGCAGGCGUCGGGUCCAGGAGCUGGCCUCCGUCGGGGAGGAGAAGAGGCGUCUGCAGGCGGAGGUGGAGGCCCUGCGAUGCCUGGAGAGGGAGCUUCGUGAGAAAGUCGCCAAACUGGAAACGGCCCUCCACAAGAUGUCUGAGAGCUUCGUCGACUGCCAAGACCACCUCCAGACGCAGGAGCAGCAGUUCAUGCGUCUGAAGCUACAGCAUGCUCUGGAUCUGAAGGAGCUGCAGGGCCAGAACCGGAGACCCCCAGGCUGUGGGGUCCAGAGGGAGUCCCUCAGCAGCGCAGCAGGUGUGGCUGCUCUACCCUGCACUGCCCCACAGUGCGCCAGAGGCCCUGCAGAGUUGGGGCCGCCGAUGCUUGAGGAAAACCCUACUCUGGAGCUGAGGUCUCUAGUCGAGGAGCUCCAAGGUGUCAUUUCUGAGAACCACAGACCACACGCCACCACCAGCCACAGCAGCCGCCUCCACAGAAGACGGUCUGCUCCAGACAGGGUGUUCGCUGGGGCCACACUCAAUGAGGUGACCAAAGGGACCAAGGAGACCAUUGAGCUGUAUCCCCCUCAGACACCUGAUGUGGAUGAGCGAAAUGAAAGAAAUGUAAGCCGCACCUUGUCGAGAGAAAGCCCCAAGGUGUUUCACACGACAUCUCUGCCGAGCUACACCACCUCCCCUCAGGCCGUGUUACCUGGCCGCAUGUCCCCCGUUCACUCCCUACUCACCUCAGAGCCCAGUAAUGCGUCUCGCUCACAGAGGAGCCCAGCUGUGGGGCCUCUCGAAGUGGCCAGCUCGCACGCUGACCUGACCAGUCAUGCGUGCAAGGGUUUGCACGGAAAACUGGAGAAUCUCCAAACCAAGGUGGAGGACUUGCAAAUACAGAACCAAGAGAUGUCCUCCAUGAUUAAAGUUCAGGACAGGAGGAUGAGGAGGACCAAGGACAAAGAAAGACGACAACAAACAUAGCACUGAAUUUCUGCUUCUGUGAUGAACUUAAACGUAUGUUUCAAAUAAAAAAGUACUGUUGUGGUCAGGCCCUAUUUAUGACAAAUGUGCUUCUGUUGCAGCCUGUGAAUAAUGAAAUAAAUUUAGUUAAGAUAAGCGGUCUGUACAUGUACAUACAGGUGCCAUGAUUAAAAAAAAUAAACACAAAUGAAAUGAAAUUAAAACCAUAGACUGCUUGCGAUUGACUGGUUUAUUGCAGGCAAAUCACUCUUUAACUAUAUUUUGGACUACACAUAUCUGAUUACAGGCAAAACUUUCUAAAGCCCUACAUUUCCCUUCCUUGUUGAAGCACUUUUCCUCGUUGAAGCAGAACCGACCGCAUUUACUCCUUCCUCUUCAGCGAAGAGUGCACUCAGAAACUGCCAAAGACAAACAGACGUGUGAUGUAGUUCUAAUACAUUUUUGUUUUUAAGAACUAUUGUACGAUAUGAUACU